GAGAGCGAGCGAACUCGGGGAAAGUGCUGGGGAUGGGCAGGAAAGUGACUCGGACAAGGGCUGCUUUCCACCGCCCCGGAGUCCCAGCACCGCUGCUGCUGCCCGCCCGAACACACCCCGGCUCUGCCUGCCCUUAGCGCCUGCCCCAGCCCACCCUGCUCCGGGCAGAGCCAGCGCGCCCCCGACCAAUACAACAAUAAGCCAGUGCCCCCCGCCGGAGGACGGAAGAAGGGGACUGGUUACCGUCGAGGAGGCGGCUGUGUAUUCCACUGAGGGGCAGUGAGUGAGUGAAUCUGGAUCCCACGGACGAGAUGCAGGAGAACUAUGAGAAUGUGAUCUCACUGGCGGAGGAGAUUGCGAUCAGCUGGCCCCGGAUAACCGCAUUCGCCGAGUCACACAGGAGGAGAGGCUUGGUCUCUGAUGAUGGGAUGGUGAGUGAGAAUGAGGAGGAGGAUGCUCAGCAGGGAGGCCUUGAGAAGGUGGAUGCUCAGGGGACGAUGCCGGGCAAGUCCAAGGGAAGCGCUCCCCAAAGUGCUGAUGUGGGGAAAGCCAGCGAGGGCCCGCAGAAAGUGGAAGGACAGCCGAAGAAGCCCUCAGGCAAGAGGCAGGGCAAAUCCGCUCACCGUGGUUUCAAGAAGUUCCACCAGCGGAGCCUGCUGGGGCACAGCCGGUGCCAUGACUGCGGCAAGAGCCUGGGCUUCGGCUCGGGCUUCAACAAGCGCCCACGUCUGCGCACCGCCGAGAAGCCCUACAAGUGCAACGAGUGUGGCAAGUGCUUCCGGCUCAGUUCCACUCUCAUCACCCACCAGCGCCGCCACGCCAGCGAGAAGCCCUACAAGUGUGCCGACUGCGGCAAGAGCUUCAGUGUGGGCUCAGCCUUCAUCCAGCACCAGCGGGUCCACAGUGGCGGCGUCAAGCCCUGCCAGUGCAAUGUCUGCGGCAAGAGCUUCAGUGCCAGCACCAGCCUGGUCAAGCACCAGAAGCUGCACCUGGAAGAGAAGCCUUACAAGUGCGACGAGUGCGGCAAGGGCUUUAACUGGAACUCGCACCUGGAACGCCACCGACGCAUCCACACCGGUGAGAAACCCUACACCUGCCCUGAAUGUGGGAAGAGCUUCAGCUGGAGCUCCCACCUGGACCGCCACCGCCGCACCCACCUGGGCGGGGAGAAGGCCUGCAAGUGCACUGACUGCGGUCGUUGCGUUGGCCCUAAUGGCACCAAGCCCCAGCGCGGAGCAGGAGGAGCCACCGCCGCCGCCACCACCGAGAAGCCCUACCAGUGCCCCGAAUGUGGCAAGGGCUUCAACAAGAGUGCCACAUUGGCCAAGCACCGGCGUUCCCACACAGGUGACAAGCCCUACAAGUGCGAGGAGUGUGGCAAGAGCUUCGGGCUGAGCACCUCCCUGCUGCAGCACCAGCGGAGCCACGCAGUCGGCAAGCCCUACCAGUGCGGCGACUGCGGCAAGAGCUUUGCCUGGAGUUCCCACCUGGACCGGCACCGGCGCAUCCACAUGGGGGAGAAGCCCUACCGCUGCGGGGACUGCGGCAAGAGCUUCUCGCAGAGCUCCCACCUGGAGCGGCACCAGCGGGUGCACCUGGGUUCGGAGCAGCCCUGCCAGUGCACUGACUGCGGGAAGAGCUUCCUGGCCAGCGCCAAGCGGCGCCGCAUGCUGAGCGGGGAGCGUCCCUGCAAGUGCACUGACUGUGGGAAGAGCUUCCUGUGGGGCUCCCGUGCCAGGCCUUCCCCUGUGGCAGAGAGGACCCACAAAUGCACGGAGUGCGGGAAGAGCUUCACCUACCGGGCAGAGAACGUCAAGCACCAGGGCACGCAGACGGGCGAGAAGCCCUACACCUGCCCUGAGUGUGGCAAGAGCUUUGGGCAGAACUCGGCCCUGGUGAAGCACCGGCGCAUGCACACCGGCGAAAAGCCCUACAAGUGCGAGGACUGCGGGAAGAGCUUCAGUGUCCGCUCCAACCUCAUCAAGCACCAGCGCACCCACCUGGGCGAGAAGCCCUACAAGUGCCCUGACUGCGGCAAGGGCUUCAUCCAGAAGUCGGACCUGACCAAGCACCGGCGCAUGCACACUGGGGAGAAGCCCUACAAGUGCAAUGUCUGUGGGAAGUGCUUCAGCGUCAGCUCCAACCUCAUCAAGCACCAGCGCAUCCACCUGGGCGAGAAGCCCUACCAGUGCUCUGAGUGCGGCAAGAGCUUCAUCCAGCGCUCAGAGCUCACCAUCCACCAGCGCGUGCACACUGGCGAGAAACCCUACAAAUGCCCCGAGUGUGGGAAGUGCUUCAGCCGCAGCUCCCACCUCAACCGGCACCAGCGCACCCACACCGGCGACAAGCCCUCACUGCUCUCCGCCACCAAGAACUCCGCUGCUGCUGCCGCCAGCAACCCCCUGCAGGCCUCCUCUGCCUUCUCCUCUGCCUCCUUCUCCUCCCCGCUGGGCACCUCCUCCAACUUUGCUAAGUAUUUCAGACAAGGGAAAGAAAUCAAUGCCAUCUGGUAG